GCUUCUGGCGUCAGUAAUUGUCACUUUUCCGUUGACCGUCGUGUGAAUUUGUGCGAAUAUUUCGCGGUGCUUGUUCGUGAACAUAGUGAUGUUUUAAUUGUUGCUUGUAAAAUAUGUUAUUUGAUUGUGCCCAAAAACAUCACGUCAUAUUUAAGUAAGUGUUAUAUAACAGUGAGUGUAUACAUAAAAGAUGACUGAUCCAAAACCAUCAGGAAUAAGACCACCCUCAAAAAUUGGUCGACCAUGUAGCAAUUUACCACCAAGACCAGCUGUUCCGCCAUCACCUCCAAGACCAUCAAUGAACCAGAUGGAUCAUCUCUGGGAAACGCACGGCCGUCGAUUAAGCGAGGCUGGCCUGCGCAGAGGAUCAGAUAACAGCGUGGUUCUGACGGAGGACACGGACAGCUUCAUAAUAGGAGAUCGAGUAUGGGUCGGUGGCACGAAACCGGGCUCCAUUGCUUAUAUCGGCGAAACUCAAUUUGCCCCUGGAGAUUGGGCUGGAGUGGUACUGGACGAACCUAUUGGCAAGAACGAUGGAUCCGUGGCUGGCAGUCGGUACUUCCAAUGCGAACCAAAGCGAGGAAUAUUCUCUCGAUUGACCAGACUGACCAGAGCACCGUUGACCGAUAUCAUCACUGCAACAUCACCGAUACAAAAGACACCUACGUCGCCAAGUGACAGCGCGAAAGGAAGCCUCAGCAAGUCCAUGUCUCCGUCUCUAAACGCAUCAACGACGAGUCUAUCGUCCACGGUGUCGCAGAGGGAUCUCAGGAUAGGUGACAGGGUAAUAGUAUCGUCCAGUCAAGGCAGCAAAACCGGUGUCCUCAGGUACAUCGGCAUCACAGAGUUUGCACUUGGCGAUUGGUGCGGUGUGGAACUAGAUGAGCCGAUUGGAAAGAACGAUGGUUCCGUCAACGACAAGAGGUACUUCGAGUGUCGACCUAAAUACGGUCUCUUCGCACCCGCGCACAAGGUCAGCCGGUCGCCGUCCAGCAAAAGGUCAUCGUGCAUAGUGCACAAGCCAACUGGCGCCGCCCUGAACACGUCCCUGAGGAAGACCGGUUCCAGAGAGUCAUUGCUCUCGAUGUCGAGCAUCGUCAGCACCGCGAGCACAGCCACCAAGGCUGGUGCCAGCGCCGCGAGGCGGCCUGGUUUUCGCACCUCAACACCUGCACGAAUCACCCUGCAGGAAACGUUAAAGGAGAAACAACAGGAAAUCGAGAUUCUCCGGAAAGAACGAGAUUUAGAACGUGAACGAAUUACGAAAGCCGCAAAUCAAGCAGAUCAGGCAGAACAGUCGCUUAUUUCAGUAGUAAAAGAAUAUGAGCAGUAUCGCGAGAAAAUGCAAAAAACUGUUACUGACGCGGAGGUUGCGUUUUCAAAAUUACUCGAAGAGAAAAAUGCACUUGCUUUACAAUUGGAGGAAGAGAAGAGGAAGUGUGAAGAUCUCCUGUUUCGUUUCGAGGAAGAAUCGGUUAACAAGGAUGAUAUUCAGAAAGAAAGAAGUGAGCAAUGUGUGAUAAAUACUGUAAAUGAAAGUAAGAUCAAAGAUCUUGAAAAGCUGUUGCUGGAAGAAAGAGAACGUGUCGGUCAACUUGAACGUGAUAGCAUCAAAUUAUUCGAAACGGAAGAAGAACUGGCCCGUCUUCGCAAUGAAGUCUCAAAUGUUACUGCUCAAGAAACGCUGCAACUUGAAGACUUACAGAAUCGUAAUAAAAUUUUGGAGGAAAGUAGAAAUAAUCUUGAGAAUGAGGUGCAAGAGAAAAGAAUACUUAUGGAGCAAUAUAUAAAUCAAAUAACUCAAUUGGAAUCAAAAUUGAAAGAAAAUCAACAAGAAAGCGCGGUUCAUAAAGAAUCAGAGACAAGUUUGCGGAUAGAAAUAGAACGUGCGACGAAAGAUUUGGAGAAAAAGAAUACGUUGAUAGAAGAUAUGAAAAAGGAAUUUGAACACAGUACAAAUACUUUGAAAGAGCAGUUGCAAAAAGCUACAGAAACGAUAGAAAAUAUUAAAAAGGAAAGUACAAGUGAAAAGGAAUUAUUAAAGUCAAAGUAUGAUAAGAUAGUUGAAGAGAAGGAGAAUCUUUUAAAAGCAAAAACAGAAGAAUUAGAACUACAAUCAAAAAAACAAUUAGAAGUACAAAAUGUUGCAUUGGAGAAUCUUAAGACUGAGAAUAUGAAGCAAAUUAGCAAACUUUCAGAGUCUUUCAAUGAACAAUUGAAUAUGAAAGACUCGAAGAUUAAAGAAGUUUCUACUAAGCUUGAUCAAAAAAUAUCUGAGACUGAAAAACUGAUGGUUGAACUAUCCACGCAAAUUGAUAUAAAUAAGAAGAAAGAUGAAGAAUUAUCUGUUGCUUUAAAGAAACUGGAAGAACUAAACGAAAAGCUCAAGUUAAUGGAAGAAAAGAAUUGUUUGCUUUCUAAACAAAUCCAAGAGUACGAAAAAAUUGCUGAUGAUAGUUUUAAAAUAGUCCAGGAAAAGCAGAAGUUGGAACACGAUAUCGCUUCCUUAAUGGCUACCGAGGCCAAUUCCUCAGUCCAGUUGAAGAAAUUAAGCGAAGAGUUGAAAGUGAAAGAAAAGGAACUAUCAGAACUUCGUUCAACAACUGCAGCUGAAAUAGAAGAAUUAACUAAACGUUAUCAGGGUCAGAUUGAAGAGAAAGCAAAAUGUAUAGAAGAAGCAAAUGCUUAUAUAUCUCAGAAAUCAUUAUUACUCAGUAAAUUAGAAAAUGAUGUCCUUGAAUUGAAGUCUAUCCUUGCCAAUAAAGAUGAAGAAAUAAAAAAUCUCACACAAAAGACUUUAGAUUUACAAAAUGCACUUACUUCAUCGGAACAAGCUAAGACAAAUCUGGAGAAUGAAUUCCAAGGACUUCAAAGCAAUAUAGAACAAUUAAAUCAACAAGUUGCUGGUACAGAAAAUAAACUGUCGCAAGUCACUUCUCAAAAGGAAAAAUUGGAAGCUGAUAUUGCAAAUUUGAUAAAUACUUCCGCUGAUUCAUCGGAGCAACUUAAGAAAUACAACGAGGAUUUACGAUCAAAAGAAAAAGAACUUGAUGAAUUUAAAGAUAAAGCAUUCAAGAAUGAAACUAUACUCAAAUCAUUAGAGUUGAAGUUGAUUAAUAUCGAAACAGAAUUAAACAAAGCUAAUACAUUAAUUCAAGAACAAUGCUCAGAAUUAGAAAAUAAUAAAUCUGAAUUGGAAAAAGAGAAGAAAUUGAAUGUGGAGUUAUCUAGCAAAAUAAAAGGAUUUGAAACAGAAAAUAUAGAACUUGAAAAACAAAUAAAAGAAAAUGAUCACAUUAAAGAAGAACUUAAAGAAAGAACUCAGGAAUCAUUGAAUCUUUCGAAUGAACUAAAAAAUAAUAAAGAGAAAAUUCUUAAUCUACAAAAACAACAUGAAACUUUAAAAAAUUCACAUAAAGAGGAGGUGUCUUCUCUUCAGAAAGUGAUUGAUAACAUAAAGACGGAAUUAACUACUUCUCAAGAGACAACAAGGGCUUUGCAAAAGAUCAAAUCUAAGUUAGAAGCUAAUCAAAGUGCAAGUCGUUGGACAAUUGAAGAAUUGACAGAAAAACUCGAAGCUGAAGCAACAAACCGUGCGAAAUUAGAAUCAUUAAUGACAGAAAAAGAUUCUAAUCUGCAUGAGUUACAAAAAAAAUAUGAAGAAUUACAGAAAGCGAACGAAGCUUUGAUAGCUAAUCAAGAAGCUACUGACAAAAAUCUUACUACAUCGUUAGAUAGUAUGUUCAAUGAAGUAAAAGAAUUGAGGGAUAAACUAGAUGCUGCUGCAGAAAUGAUUAAAGUCAAAGAAGAUACUCUUGUACAAAUGAAAAAAGAAACUGAACAAACUGAAGCACAAAUUUUGAAGCUUAAUGACACUGUUGCGUCUAUUCAAAGGGAACAAACGGAGAAUGUAGAGGAAAUUAAAAAAUUACAAGAAACUCUAUCAAAGAAGGACAAGGAAAUAUCUAACAUCACGGAAACAAAAAUUUCUUUAGAAAAUAAUCUAAAAUCUGUAGAAUCAAAAUUAGAGGAAAAUAUAAAAACGUUAGAAUCACAGUUGAAUACUGUACAGAAUGAACUAGAUGUAAAAAAUAAUAUGCUUCAGGAAUCAGAACAUAUAAUAAAAGAAUUGAAAAGCUCCAAAGAAGAAUCUGUGAUGAAAUUACAAAAUACUUUAGAAUGUGAAAUGAAAGCUAAACAAACUGAGCUUGAAUUUGCAAUGCAGAAAAAUUCUGAAUUACAAAAACAUCAACAAUCGCUUCAAGAUACGAUAGAAAAACAAGUUAAUGAUUUGAAUAACAAAGAAGUAACAAUCGAUAAAUUAACAGCACAAAUUAAAGCCUUAGAAGAUGCACAAAUGAAAAAAUUGAAAACGGAUGAACAGAUGCAAAAUGAAGAAGUUAAACUUAUGCAAAGUAAACUAAGUGAGGCGAUUAAAGAAAAUAGAAAUUUAGUUGACAGUAAGGAAUCUCUUGAAAGAUUACUUGUAGAACAGAAAAAGAAAAUUGAAAUGUUAACAAAUACCAUACAAACUAAAGAAAAAGAAACCGAGAAAAAUAUUCAAAAUUUGGUAGAAAAAUUAAACCUUGUAUCCACGGAAUCUGCACAGUUAAAAGAAGCACAAAGUAAUUUGGAAAGAGAAAAUAAACAAAUUACUGCUAAAUGGACAGAAGCAACGAGUCAAUUAAAACUUACUCGUGAAAACAUAAAGAAUAAUUACGAUGCAGCAGGAGGUGAUAUGAAACAACAUAUGGUUGAUAAAGAUAUUGACAUGAUAAAGUUAAAAGAGGAAUAUGAAACAGCAAAAGGUCAAAUAGAUUUUUUAAAUUCUGUAAUAGUGGAAAUGCAACGUAAAAACGAAGCUUUACUAUGUAAAGUUGAAGUUCUUGAAAUAGGAGUACCUGCCAAUGAAGCUGAUGAGUAUACCAAAACCACAUUAGAAAAACGAAUGGCUGCGCCACGUAUGUUCUGUGAUAUUUGUGAACAAUUUGAUUUACACGAAACGGAAGAUUGCCCACGACAAGCUCAAGACUUUCUAGACACGGAAAAGGUUGUAAAGACCCCGAAGAAAACACCGGUGGAAAGACCGUACUGCGAAAACUGUGAAAUGUUUGGACAUGAUACUCGUGAUUGUGAUGAUGCCGAAACCUUUUAAUGGCGUGUUGUCAUUUGUUGACCUAUUUCAUUGCUUCUCAAAGAUCUUAGAUGCAAAAGAAAAGACCUGUUAAAAUUUUUGCAGAGUAUAUUUUUAUAUAAAAGAAUUUAAUGCUACAAUUUUGUGCAUGUCUUCCUGCAUAGGAAUAUGCGUGUCCAUUCAAAACACAUCGACAAUUCGAUGAGAAAUGUGUGCUCCUCGUGUUAAAUUUAUGAUUUGAAAGUCUAUAUAUGUUCACCAGAAUGUUUUUCUGUGUACAUUCGUUGCGCUUCCACGUGAUUGUUAAAGUACAAAGUCAUAUACCAGUUCUAUUAUCACUUACGACUAAGUUAUUUUAUGAUACAUUGCUGAAUUAUAUUAUAGAAUGGGAGCAUAGUUUAUUAUUUGUAUAAUGAACAGUUAAACGUAUACCAUGCGAAACUUCGAACGUCAAGGAACGUUCGAAAGACAAAUGUAAUUAUGUACAUACUAGUUAUUUAUGUCAACCUGUAACUGUAUUUAAUAAUUUAUUUAGUAUCAGAAAACGUCACACAUUUAAUAAUAGUUCCUUUAAUUGACAAACUCAAUGAUCGAGCCAUUAGAAUUAGUUCACAGUGUUUCUUCACAAUGUCUCAGAACUUAUAUCAACAUAAUUGGUAGUACAUUUUUCUGAAAAAAGUUUGUACUGAAAUAUAAUGAAAGUAAGUAUUUAUUAUUUUGUAUGUAUGUUUUUCUUUGCCAUUAAUCUUUGUACAAAAUUCGUUUCAGCAGAAUUGUACUACUAUAACUUACCAUUGUCUUGCCUUUUAACUUUAAGCUUUAAUACAGGGUUGAUAUCUUGUCUUAAAUCUGAAUCUUGUCAUGAAAUGUACAUUUAAUAAAUUAUAACUAAACUUUGUAGUUAAAAAAAAUAAAAUUGUAAGAGACUGA